AUGCCGUCGGGCUUCCAACAGAUCGGCUCCGAAGAUGGGGAGGCCCCCCAGCAACGAGUCACUGGGACCCUGGUCCUCGCCGUAUUCUCCGCUGUGCUCGGCUCCCUGCAGUUUGGCUACAACAUCGGGGUCAUCAAUGCCCCCCAGAAGGUGAUUGAACAGAGCUACAGUGAGAUGUGGCUGGAGAGGCAGGGGCCUGAGGGACCCGGCUCCAUCCCACCAGGCACCCUCACCAUGCUCUGGGCUCUCUCCGUGGCCAUCUUCUCUGUGGGUGGCAUGAUCUCCUCCUUCCUGAUUGGCGUCGUCUCUCAGUGGCUGGGAAGGAAGAGGGCAAUGCUGUUCAACAACGCCCUGGCAGUGCUAGGGGGCGCCCUCAUGGGCCUGGCCAAGGCGGCUGCCUCCUAUGAGUUGCUCAUUCUUGGACGGUUCCUCAUUGGCGCCUACUCAGGGCUGACGUCGGGGCUGGUGCCCAUGUACGUGGGGGAGAUUGCCCCCACUCACCUGCGGGGCGCCUUGGGGACACUCAACCAACUGGCCAUCGUCACUGGCAUCCUGAUCGCCCAGGUGCUGGGCUUGGAGUCCAUACUGGGCACUGCUACGCUAUGGCCACUACUCCUGGGCAUCACUAUGCUGCCUGCCCUCCUGCAGCUGGUCCUGCUGCCCUUCUGUCCAGAAAGCCCCCGCUACCUCUACAUCAUCCGGAACCUGGAGGGGCCCGCCAGAAAGAGUUUGAAGCGCCUGACAGGCUGGGCCGACGUGUCUGAAGCGCUGGCUGAGCUGAAGGAGGAGAAGCGGAAGCUGGAGCAUGAGCGGCCACUGUCCCUGCUCCAGCUCCUGGGCAGCCACAUCCACCGGCAACCCCUCGUCAUUGCAAUCGUGCUGCAGCUGAGCCAGCAGCUGUCGGGCAUCAACGCAGUUUUCUAUUAUUCAACUAGCAUCUUCGAGACGGCGGGGGUAGGGCAACCAGCCUACGCCACCAUCGGAGCCGGUGUGGUCAACACGGUCUUCACCUUGGUCUCGGUGUUCUUGGUGGAACGGGCUGGGCGCCGGACCCUCCAACUCCUAGGCCUGGCAGGCAUGUGUGGCUGUGCCAUCUUGAUGACCGUGGCUCUGCUUCUGCUGGAGCGGGUUCCAGCCAUGAGCUAUGUCUCCAUCGUGGCCAUCUUUGGCUUUGUGGCCUUCUUUGAGAUUGGCCCUGGCCCCAUCCCCUGGUUCAUCGUGGCCGAGCUCUUCAGCCAGGGACCCCGCCCAGCAGCCAUGGCUGUGGCUGGUUUCUCCAACUGGACGUGCAACUUCAUCAUUGGCAUGGGUUUCCAGUAUGUUGCGGGUGGAGAAACCCCCUGCAGCCUGGUGGAAUUGGGAAGCUGGAGGGAAGGGUGGUCUGAGCACCCCACUCAUUCCCCUCGUGUGACUCUUGGAUUAUUUGUGUUGUGGUUAGGCUGUGGCCGUGGCAUGGGCCAUUCUCCCUUCUCGUCCCCUCCUUCCUCUGUAGCCCGCCCGCACCCCGCCCCAGCUCCAGGAUACUUCCGCCGCCCCCCCCCCCCCCCCCCGGCCAGAGUAGGGGGAUUAUAG